AUGGACAGACCAGACCGGGUCCCAGCGGGGCUCACUGAUCAAGAGGAUCAAGAUUUUGCCUCGGACGAGUACUUCCAUCGAGCCUCUGAUCGUCCCAAGAAGAAGCGUCGCAUAGCAAAAGAGAAGCCGCUUCCCCCAACUCUCUAUAAGGCCGUGGUGAAGGACCUUGCCGAGGAUUUCGCAACUGCGGCAUCAGAGAAAAUCGACCCAGACAUAAUUGCAAAGAUCAAGAAGUGUUUAGAGAGGGGAAACCACAAAGAUGCGUCUGAGUUAGAAGCCAAGGCUGCGCUUCGUGUGGCCACAAGGCUCAUGGGGCAAUACAACGUCACCCAGGCCGAGGUCCUCAGCACAGCUACCGAAGCCGAGAAGAAGACGCAUGGGGGACGAAGCAUUGUUUCUGUCGUCCACACUGAUGGCUCCAAAAAGCAAGUGAGGCAGUCACUGUUCAUUGGGGACCUUGCUUGGGCCAUGGGGAAAUUCUUUGACGUGAAGCACUUCUCCACCAAGUCUCGCAGUACUUACUCACUCAACAUCACAUUCUACGGUAUUGCAUCCAAUACAGUUCUGGCCGCGAUGGCCUACGAGAUGGCAUACAACUUGAUUCUUGAUUGGGCAAGGCCAAAGAAGGGCAUUGCCGCCAAGAAUAGUUACUGCUUGGGCGCUUCUUACGGGCUUAACAAGAUGGCCAAAGAAGAAAAAGAAGAGGAGAUGGAACGGGCCAAGAAGGCUGAGGCAGAGGAGUUGGAAGCCAGGGAAAAAGAAGAGAUUGCCCAGCGCCAAAAGGAACUAAAUCGACUCAAUUUCGAUUCAAACCAAGCUGGAGUCGAAGACGUAGACGACACGCAGACCAAUGGUGCUGCUACCAAAGACAAACCUGCCUCUCCAACAAAGACGGUAAUAUCCAUUGAUUCUGACUCUGACCCCGCUUCCAACCCUGGCUCUGCUUUCGACUCCGACUCCGUUUCCGACUCUGAUUCAGACACCUCCAUGAACGAUUUCAAUACCGAAGUGCAAGAUACGAGUGAAGAGCAAAAUGAGGAUGAAAGACCUGAGGAUGAUAACACGCAGAACCCUCCAGACGACUCGGACGAUGAUACGGACUUUGGAGCCGAAACGAACUUCACCAACCCGGAGCGCGUAGAACAGGCGCCUGUGUUCACCAACAUCGAUGACGAGGUAGACUACCUCCUGAAAAACGCCCAGACAUCAAUCCGCGUGAAAGAGGAGGCGCGCCAGCCCUCCAUUAUGCACAUUCCCGCCGCCCGCGAUCCGACCGUCCAACCUGCAGCUCGUGACCCGACAGCGCCGCCGGCAGACUCUCUUCCACCUGAGCCUGAGCCUGAACAACUCAAUGCGGGAUGGAAGUCUAAGCAGCAGUUGAUUCUCUUCCACGACACUGCUAUGCACGUUGCAGAUGAUUUCCUCAAAACCAAGGGAGUCAAGCUCUACAAGGGAAAGAAACAUGCUGGCGCCAGUGAUAAGAAGGCCUGGCGUGAGGGUGAAAAGGACAGCCGGAAGAUCAAUGUCCACCGCAAGACACUAAAGGAAAGCAGCGAGGAGGGAGGCGAAGGUGGCGAAGAUGGCGAGGAAGGCGGCCCACAAGAAGGUCAGCAAGCUGACCAACAAGAUGCCAAUCAAGGGGGUCAACAAACCAACAAUCAAGACGGUCAGCGACCUGACAACCAAGAGGGCCAGCAAGCCGAAAAUCAAGAAGGCCAGGGAGAUAAUCACAAAGACAACGGCCAAAAUGGCGAGAAAGACAAAGAACCGGAAAUUAAGCAGGAAAUCAAGCAAGAAGAUGAGUGA